AUGAUGUAUACUUCUCAGCCUAGACCCAUCGCAGUAUUCAAUGAUUCAUGCUUUGUCGAUGUUGAUUUAUCCGAAGAUGUCAAAAUUCGAAACAAUGAAGUGAUUCAAAGGCCAUGCCAGCAAAUUGUUACAAUGGAAUCAGAGCCCACUAUGUCUAUUUGGAAAGCGGCUGAAAUGGGUAAUAUGGCCGCAUUGACAUAUUUUAUUUACAACCAUUCAUCACAGCAGCAACAAAAACAACAACUGGAUGAUUCAGCAGAGCCCAGCAUAACUCAGCUUUUGAAUUCUCGAGAUCCAAAUACAGAAUGCACAUUGAUCUAUCUGAUAGUAGCAAACAAUCCGAACCCUGUUGAGCCACUUCGAUUACUACUGGAGCAAGGAGCUGAUGCAACCGCCCGCAAUAUCUACAAUGUACAAGCGAUCCAUGCUCUUUUUCUUCGAUGUCCUGAGCCAUUAGAACCAUUACAGCUCUUAUUAGAUUAUGACGCCGACCCAAAUGCUCGAGAUGGUGAUGGUUGGACACCUAUUCAUUAUGCUGCACGAUUUUGCAAAUCGCCAAAACCCAUCUUGGAGCUACUAAUCAAAGCCGGUGCAGAUGUCAAUGCAGAGGAUGCUAGCCAUAAAACGCCAUUAUUUUGUCUAUUAGCGAAUGGCGACCAUAGUCUAACGCUGGACUGGCUGAUUCAUACAGCCAAAGCAAACAUCAAGAUCAAGGGCGAUUUUCUGGAUGGACAGACUCGACGCACAAAGCAGGGAUCACUCAUACUACAAGCCGCUAAAUACGGUCGUUUAUCAUCAUUGCGUAUUCUAAUCAGUUCAGCUUCAGCGAUGGAAAGCCUUGAAACAAUUUUGACAAAAGACGAAUUGGUUUUAGCCAUUGACGUGGUGCGAGAACAGCUGGUUAAAGUUACAGAACGGGAUACUAUCGAAAAACUAGGGCUGAUGAUUAUGAUAUUGGAAAACUUGAUACAGAAAUUUUACAACCAGAAACAGGUUGAGAAGGAUUCGCCACAGCUAGAGGAAGGUCAAGAGCAAGAAGCGAAUGGGUUAAAACGGAAGCCAAGUCUGCUAAAGAGAAUAGGAAGCCUAUCUUGGAGACAAAAGUAA